CGUCAGUAGUAUAAUUUCCAAAGGUUUUAAUCUUUCUCUUGUUUUCCGGCAGAUACACUAGAACUGCGGCUGGUUCAAGAGCUGCGUACCUUUUCUUAACUUUGCUCUUUAAUCAUCGGGGAUUCACAGUCGGGAUGGCAGCUGUUAAUAUGACAGAGGGUACUGUGCAGGUGGAGAGCUGCGACUCGCCACUGUUCUACAGACAAAGCGAACCUGUCACAGGAGACGCAAAAAUGUCAGUUUUGCUUCUUCACGGCAUACGCUUCUCUUCAGAAAACUGGCUCAGCAUCGGCACUCUGGAGACUCUGGCCAAAGCAGGUUGCCGUGCAGUCGCCAUCGACCUGCCAGAACUUGGUCGGUCUAAAUCGGCCAAAGCCCCGGCGCAAGUGGGGACACCCGCCCCUGCAGGUUUUCUCAAAGAGGUGUGUGAGCAGCUGAACCUGAUCCCGGCAGUGGUGAUUAGCCCAUCCCUCAGCGGAAUGUAUUCCCUGCCCUUCCUCCUUGAGCACCAGGCUCUGGUACGAGCCUACAUCCCUGUCGCUCCCAUCUGCACGGACAAAUUCACAGCAGCGCAGUACCAGAGUGUAAAGGUCCCAUCGCUGAUCAUUUACGGCGACCAGGACCAUCAGCUCGGGGAGGUGUCACUCCGUAACCUGAGCAAUCUGGCCAAUCACAAAGUGGUGGUGAUGAAGGGAGCGGGCCACCCCUGUUACCUGGACGACCCAGACACUUGGCACAAAGAGCUCACGGAGUUCCUUAAUACGCUGUGAAGCUCUUCGCCGUGCAUUAGUGGAGCGAUCGCCAAGAACGCAGUCACGCAUAAAUGAUUCAGGAGCCACAUGUGCAAACAUUAUUUACUCGUGAAGAAUUUAAGCCACACAUUCCCAGUGCUAAAGCUGAUUAUGUCUGCAGACGUAGCCUUUUCUAAUGAUGACAACAGAUGAACUUUUCCUUAAAAGGUUUAAGCUGGAAGAUUUUGAGAAACAUUGUUUCUUGCUGGUGAUUAAAUGAGAAGCCCGACGCUGAUCUUGUAUGUGUACACUAAACAUGAAGCUAAAAUUGAACCCAACCUUAUAGGAUAGCAAAUUGGGCUACUCACUGAAGACUUUUCAUUAUUUUAGUUUCAAUCAGUGACUCUGGAAACUGUUUUUCUUGUUGUAAAAUAUUUAGUUUGGUUUAAUUUUAAUAACUGACUAAAGCGACCAUUAAAUAGCAUUUUAUAAAAUCAC